UUCAUCCAAAAGGGCCAUCAAUAAAGUCUCGUGGAAACCGCCACCACCUCCAUUGCCGUCUCCUCAACCUUCGCCACCAAGUAAUCGCUCAAGACCGCCUGGAAUUCCAUUCCCAUGGACGCCAAGAAGUCCCCGGGUUCUCCGUCCGCCGCGGUGGCGAGGCUGAGGAUCGCCGGGGCGUGGUCGGGGGUCCUGGAGGUCGAGCUGGAGGCGUGGACGCUCCCGAUGCUCCGCGCCGAGGUGGCGCGGCGAUCGGGCGGCUCUCCCGACUGCAUCAACCUGAUCUGCGGCGGAAAAGUGCUCAAGGACGGCGAGGAGGUCCGUCCCCUCUCCCAAUUGGGACUCAAGAACAACUCCAAGGUGCUCGCGAGCGUUGUCUCGCGCGAUCGGGGGAAGGCCCUCAAUGAAGAGGCGGCCGCCGAGGCCGAGCGCAGCAAGAAACUCGCCAGAAUCCGUGAUGCUGCUAAGGCAUUGGCUGAGAGGCAUGCAGAUGGUUCACUACCAGUGGAAGACUACAAUAUAGAACUUGAAGAUCAGAAUGGUCAGAAAGUGGUCUUUAAUUCUGAGUCUGAUAGACGGGCAAUCAUGAUGGGUCUGAUGCUCCAUGCAAAUGCUAAAAGUCUUAUUAAAAAGCAAAUAUUUAAGGAUGCAUUGGAUGUGCUAUAUAUCGCUGAGGAGGCUUUCUCUCUCUGUGAUCCUAAAUUUGUAGAGAUGAUUGACAAUGUGCCUAUACUUCAACUAGAUAUAGUAUGGUGUUACUUCAUGCUUCAGGACAUCUCAUGUCUAUCAAUGGCAGGAAUACGCCUGGAAAAGGCUAGAAAAGGGUUUGAACAUUCACAUGGUAAAGAUUCCACUAGGUUUAGACUCCUCCAGGCUGGUCGCUAUGCAGAGCUUGCCAUAUAUGUGAGACUAGAACUCCUUGAAGGGGUGGUGGCUUAUCACAGUGGUCAUUUUGAAAAAGCCCGUAAAGCUCUGAGCUCUGCACAAGCUAAAUAUGUUCAGCUUCAAGUGUCAGAUGAAGCUUUAUCAUUGUUGAUGGGCAUGGGCUACAAAGAGCGGGAAGCAAAAAGGGCAUUAAGAAUGACUGGUCAAGAUAUUCAGGCAGCAGUUGAUUUCUUGGUUGAGGAGCGGGCAAGGGUAGCUCGCAGGAGAGAGGACGAUAUUCAGCGACAACAACAGAUCAUGGAACAGAAGAGAUACGGUAGAACUCCUCAGAACAAGGCUGUCAAUCUGAACAAGUUGAAUGAGCUGGUCUCUAUUGGGUUUGAGAGAUACCUUUCUGCAGAGGCUCUUCGGUUGAAUGAAAACAACAUGGAAAAAGCACUAGAUCUCUUGACAGAUCCUGAAAGAAAUUGUGUCCUACAGAGUCAACUUGAGUCGAGGAAAAAGUCGAAGGUAUCAAGACCAACAGCUGCAAAUAUGCUAUUACGGUCCAGACAAUCAGCAGUUUCAGGGAACAACCAGCAAGUUGAUAGCAAUCCACCUACACAUGAUCAAGUAGGCCCCUCAGGAGCUGCUGCUGACAAUCAUAUGGAUGAGAGAGAUGAAGUUGGUCAACUGGAUGCUGGAGAAGAAGAAAAAUAUGAGAUUGAGAGAGAUGAAGCUAUGGAAGGUGAAAUCGCAAAAGAAUUGACUGGAGAUCCAUUAGCUGACUAUGACAUUGAAGUAGCAAAAGAAGGAGAGGCCUUAGAAGAGUACUUUGCCCUUCUUGAUUCAAAUGCUAAUGCAUCAAGUGCUCCUAUAGACCAUUAGCUUGAGGCCUUUUCUUUUCCAAUCUAGUGCAUAAAUAAUGCUACUGUAGUUAGGAUUUAUCUAAUGUAUAUUCUGCUAUAGCAGCAUUUCAGAUUUCGGUUAUUGGAACUUAUGUUUAUAGCUUGGAAAUUACAUGGAGUCAUCUGUGAUUAUCUUGGGCUACAAUGCAACAUGGGGCUUUGAUUA